AUGAAUCUCGAGGUCCAAGAAGCAUUCGAACUGCUGUGCUCACAUUCAAAAAGCAGCAUUCAAAGUGCUGUGCUCACAUUCAGUAAUAAGUAUUCAGAGUGCUGUGCUCACGAUCAACAAGCAGCAUUCAGAGUGCUAUGCUCACAUUCAGCAAGUAACAUUCAGAGUGCUGUGCUCACAUUCAGCAAGCAUCAUUCAGAUUUCUAUGCUCACAUUCAGCAAGUAGCAUUCAGAGUGCUAUACUACUAUUCGACAAGUAACAUUCAGAGUGCUAUGCUUACAUUCACAAGUAACAUUCAGAGUGCUGUGCUCACAUUCAGCAAGCAUCAUUCAGAUUUCUAUGCUCACAUUCAGCAAGUAGCAUUCAGAGUGCUUUACUACUAUUCGACAAGUAACAUUCAGAGUGCUAUGCUUACAUUCAAAAGCAGCAUUCAGAGUGCUAUACUCACAUUCAAAAAGCAGCAUUCAGAUUGCUAUGCUCAUAUUCAGCAAGUAGCAUUCAGAGUGCUAUGCUCACAUUCGACAAGUAGCAUUAAGAUUGCUUUGCUGCUCUCAUUCAGCAAUGCAUGGCUUACAACUCUAAUUGACAGUUCGUAUUGCUGGAAAUCAUUACAGAAAAGGAUUCCGAAUGGUGAUCACGUGCCGAAUCCGUGUAACUCAGGAGAAUUAUGGGAAGGUGUGGGUCAUUUAAAACCAGGCGGGUACGGAAAAAGGAAUUCGUUUGGUCAUGACUUUCAGCGGUAUGGAAAGCAUUGGUCACGCGACUUUUGUAUGUUAGAUUCUGAUGGAGAUGGACGGACAAACGGCGAAGAACUUGGUGACCCGGAUUGUGAAUGGGUAGCCGGAAGUGGGACAAAUGCGUCUGGAAUAAACAUAACACAUCCAGGUAUCUGUGAGCCUCUGAGUUCGAAACAUUGCAAAUCAAGGAACAAAUGGUUACACUGUGACGACACUGGCUUCAAGUGUGAUGUCACCAAUGAUACAGUGACAAAAAACUUCACUAUAAACAUUCCACGAAUGGAAGUUCCGGUAAAAGAGACGUCCCAUAAGUGUAUGGUGUUCGACUUUCCUCAGGAUGGGGACUUCCAUAUGGUCGCUACUACCCCUAAGCUUGACAACAAGAUGGUCAUGCAUCAUAUCUUGAUUUUUGGUUGUGAUGAAAACAAGAAAACAAAGCACGAUGUGAACGAAGUGUUUGAUUGUGAACUGUCCUUUGACCCCGCGUGCACGGAUAUCCUGUCUCUGUGGUUACUCGGAAUGGACGGGGAAUGUAUGCAUGAGAAUAUGGGCUUUAGGAUUGGGACACGUGGAUAUAAACGUGGUGGAAUACAGGUUCACUGGGAAAACCAGCAAUAUUUGCCAAAUUUGAUGGACGGCUCGGGGAUGACGAUAUAUUACACAGAUCAGCUGCGAAUGUACGACGCUGGUGUGCUAUUUAUAGGACAAGAUCACAUGAUCAUCCCGCCCGGAAAGAAGAAUCAUACGGAAGUCGGCCAUUGUUACCCAGAAUGCUCUCAAAGAAAGUGGUCGGAGGAUGUACACGUAACAUUUGCUAUUAACCACAUGCAUUAUUUAGGUCGAAGUCAGAAAAUUGAACAUCUUAGAAAUGGCAAAGUCAUAAAUGUUAUCACAGACGAGCAAGAUUUCGACUUCGACAGUCCUGAACUCCACGUAUUUAGAGAGCCUAUUGUUCUGAAGCCAUCAGACGAGAUUCGCACAACUUGCGUGUAUGACUCUACAUCGCGUGACGUCACUACGCGGGCAGGAUCUGGGUACCGGGAAGAAAUGUGCUUCGGAUUCCUCACUUAUUAUCCUAAACAGGCGAUAAGUAACGGGGCAACGAUAUGUACUUCCUGGAAAACAAUACCACACUGCAGGUUUGAAUUAGACGACACAGUUUACGGCUGUAAUUUCAAAAUCGCGCGAAAUAUGUCACAUCCUGCUACAAAAGAAAUAUUUGACAAGGUGAUGAAACACUGUAGACCUUUUGGACCAUGUUUCGAAGAUUGUCGCACGGUUGUCAAAGAGAUAACCAAGCUCCCUUGUUACCAUGGUGAUAUGUGGGAGUGGCAACGAAAUAAAAUUGGCGGACCAUUCGACAAUAAAACGGAAACAGCGGACUGGUACCGAUUCUACGCUGCUUUUGAUUCAUGUUCGUCAGAAUUGAACAGUAAUUGUGGAAAUCGGUCUGAAAAUACAACUGUAGCAAAUUGUGGUUUAAAUCAUUUGCCCGGAUAUAUAUUUUUAAAAUUUACAUUACUAACAGUCUUAUUGGCUUUAUAUACAUUGACUUAGAAUUCAUCUGUAACCUAUACUGUUAAUUUUUUAUCUAAUCAAUGUCUAGCGGAAAUAUCGGCGGAAAAGGUUUAAAAAUGAUUUAAAUCUCAAAACAAAUUGUAACAAUUUCUGUGUACUGUGCUAAUUGUAUUGUGCAAUAUUUGCAUUUUCAGUUAACAAUAUAUUUUCCUGUCACACUGCGUGCAGUUUGAUAACAAUCAUUAUAAUAUAUAUUUUGGUUGAACACUGCCAAUAUACGUUGUUUCGUUGUCGUAUGUGGAAUGAUAUAUAAUGUAUAACAUUAAAUUUUGUUGAAUCAUUUUCUUUGUGCUGUUGUUUUAGAGCUAAAAGAUGGUGCAGAUAUAAUGAGAUUCAAACCAGACCGAGACUCUUUAUACACUAAAUAGAGCAAUAAAGCUGUUGCUAAAUAAAUACAAUAUUAACUUCGUUUUACUAACUGUAUCCUUCACUGAAUAUUGCAAAUGGUAUAAAUAUGGUUAUAACGUCAACAAAACGCAAAAAUAAUUUCCUUUCGAAAUCCAGUUUACAUGUCACUACAUAUAUAAAACUGGAUCUAUGAUGUGUGUAUCAAAC